GUAACCCGUAUCCACCACGGGGAUAGCAUAUCAAGGUCCACACACCCCCCGAUUAGUAAUCAAUAGAAGAGCGAUGUUCUAGCCAACACUUUUAAUAUAAUUAUAACGAAUAUCAAUAUGGAUAUAAAGAUCUGUGUCGCACUUUUUACUUUAUAUUUAACAGCGGUUCAUGCACAAUGCCCAUCUGGUUGGAAAAGUCUGGCUGGGAAAUGUAUCUUUAUUGAUGACACCCAAUCAACAUGGCCAAAUGCCGAACAGGCUUGUAUCUCCAAAGGCGGUAGCCUUUUACAGGUUGCUGAUAAAGGCUUAAAGGAUGCCAUUAAUUCAGAGCUACCAAAGAGAUCCAAGACAGGAUUUUGGUGGACAGGUUUAACAAAAUCUACAAAUACAAAAUGUGAGCCUAACUGGAGGUGGAAUGAUGACCCAAACAGUGAUAUCAGUAACGUAAAAUGGUUAAAGGAGCCAAAUAACAUGAAUGGUCAGGAACAUUGUAUUGAGAUUCUCAAGAACGGACUCUCCAACGAUGAUAACUGUAUGAAUAGGAGGGGAUAUAUCUGCAAAUUUGUUUCCUCAACAACUAAAUGUGACCACGAUUGGGUACGAGGAGGUCCCAACUGCUACUAUAUCAGCACGCGGAGUGAUACAACCAGGACAGAUUGGAAUACUGCAAGGUCACUUUGCCAAAAGGCUAAACAAGGUGCCGAUCUUAUGUGGAUUGACAAUCCUGCAGAAGCGACAUGGCUGAAAGAUUUGAUUACCAAGCUAUGGACCAUCCGUGGCUCUGGCAACAGUAGAGGAUGGUGGAUAGGGGCCAAUGAUCUCCCAAAUGGCGAUAAAGGACCAUACAAGUGGAAUGAUGGACAGCAAUCUGUGGAAAACCCGGAGAAGUAUUUGGAGUGGGACCAAGAACCUACCAAUGCUGCAGGUAGCACUAAUUUCUGUGGAGUCAUGGACGGUGGGGUUUUCUAUGAUGGAGAUUGUAAGGGCUGGCACAGAUUCAUUUGUCAAGGUAAUGGUCAAAACUGCCCAGACGGCUGGGAAAGUGGUGUUAAGCAAUGUUUCUUCUUUGGGAAUGAGUGGAAACGGUGGAACGCUGCAAGAGUCCAAUGCCAACAGACAACCUUUAACAGCCAACCAGCUGAACUUGUAUCCAUCACUUCUCCUGAAAUACUGACAUUUAUCACUCAGAAGAUGAAAGAAAAGAACCUCGGGUGGGUGUGGACCGGACUUAAUGAUAGAGACCAGGGUGAAAGAUGCAGCCCAUUCACAUGGGCGGACAGUACAAAACCUGCUCCCGGAAUAGUCACGUGGGCUACAGAACCUAACAGCUUUGGUGGAGUAGAACAUUGUGGAGAAAUCCUCAGAAAUGGUGUCUUCAAUGACGCUAACUGUGCAGCAAAGAAGCCUUAUAUUUGCGAGGCACCUCUUCCGGCUCAAAGGAAGAAGAGGCAAUCCACCGCAUGUCCUGAUGGUUGGUUAGCUGGUGCAGGGAGAUGUUUCAAGUUUACAAGGGGUGGCAUUAGGAGUUGGGACGCUCAGAGUCAGUGUCGAUCAUGGGGCUCCGAUCUCCUCAAUGUUGUUUCAUCAGACGUAAAGACUACCGUUGAGGAUCUUGUACAGAAGAACCCUGGUAACUGGUGGACAGGGUUAAAGAGAGAUGCCAAACCAUCAUGUACAUCCAAGUGGAGAUGGCUUGAUGAGUACACAUCUGAUACAAAGUUCAUCACAUGGGAAAAGGAGCCAAACAAUCUGAAGGGAGAGGAGCACUGUGGUGAAAUCUGGAAAGAUGGCGUGUUUAAUGAUGCUAGUUGCACCGCAAAGAGGGGUUACAUUUGCAAAUAUGAAAUGAUACCUGGAACGUCUGCAUGUGCGCCAGAAUUCUUUAACUUCGGGCAAAGCUGUUAUUUCUUUAGUACACGCAGCUUAAACAGUAUGAUGACAUGGGCGGACGCCAGGGCAGAUUGUGACAAAAGACAAGGUGGUUCUGAUCUUGUCUGGAUCACAUCCAGAAGUGAAUAUGGUUUCCUGGCCGAGUCUGUGAAAUCCAUUUCACUUAUAUUACCAAAUAAACUGGGUUGGUGGACUGGGCUAAACAACGGACCAAAUGAUAAUGCUGUGAACUGGAAGUGGAACGACCAAACCCAGUUGGCAGAUACGACGAUCUUAACUUGGGACACAGAACCUAAUAAUUUCAACGGCAACCAACUUUGUGCAACUAUGCGUGACAUUGGGGCCAUAUAUAGGGCAAGGGAUUGCUCUUCCAAACAACGUUUUAUCUGCCAAAUUCCAGGAACUUCUUCAUGUCCAUCCAGCUACUCCUACGAUUCAAAGAGUAACUCGUGUUACUACAUAGAGAAAUCAACUAGACUUGAGUGGGCUAAAGCUAGAACACAGUGCCAGUCACAGGGGGCUGAUCUCGUUGCUAUUAACAACGACAAUACUAAGAAUUUCGUUGAACAAACCCUCUCAGCGGAUCAGUCGUACAAACUCUACUGGGUAGGGUUGAACGACGCCGAUCAGAAAUCCAGGUGUAACCCUUGGGAAUGGAGAGAUGGAACUCGACUUAAUCCAAUGUUCAUUAAAUGGAAUCAGGAGCCGAACAACUUUGAUGGGAAUGAGCACUGCGUGACCAUGCUGCAAAAUGGUGUUAUGAAUGAUGGCAAUUGCGACAGACAGGAGGCAUACAUAUGCAGAUAUGACCUUCCUGCAAGCGUCUCAUCCCCAGCAACAUACGAUGUGAGUGGUACAAAUGGUAAAUGUUUGAUUCUGACCAACUGGAGGUACAGGGACACAGACCCGAAGAGAUACAGUUGGUGGUGGGAGGAUUGUAAAGACACAGCUAGGGCGCUAUGCGAAAUGCCCAACCCAGGAACUUGUCCAUCUGACUUUACAAUCCAAGUAGACUCAAGUUGUUACAAAAUCCGUGGUGGUGCCUGGACAACCCACGCUGAUAACACUGCCUGGUGUAAGGCACAGAACCCAGCUGCUGAUCUAGCAACCAUUGACAACAUGGCAGAGGCCCAGAAACUAGGCCCACUAUUGUUUGAUGCAGGAGCAACUGGUUUCACUGAGUUCUCCAUUAAAAAAUGGAAUGGCAUCACAGCUUGCAACCAAGUAGAUGGUAACUGGAGGAAGCGUGGCAACUCCUGCUAUAUGUUCUCUAAUAGGAAUCGUGAUGGUAAAUCAUACAAAGAUGCUAGAGCUGAAUGUCAGAAACAGACAGGUGGAGACCUGGCUACCUUUAGAAAUGCUGAUGAAGCGGAAUGGUUACGAGAAAUAGUUGGUAUUCUAUGGAAAAUCACAGGUAGUACCCCCACAUCUAUGACCUACAGAGUGGGACUAGAUGACCUUGAUAUUCAGGGAACAUGGAAGUGGAUAGAUGGAACUACAUUCAGAGAGGACUUAGUUCAAUGGGAGAAAUCGCCGAAUGAUUGGGAUGACAGAAGUAGUUGCAACUUCAUCUACAAGGACGGCACCUAUCACACUGUCCAGUGUGGGGCCCAGUGGCUUACGGGAUAUAUAUGUCAGAAAACAGUUGGAGGAACCGGUGGACCAACAACAAGCUGUCCGUUUGGUUGGCGUGAGAGGGAUGGGAAGUGUUAUUUAUUCAGCUCCAAAGCCUCCUCAGCACGACUAAACUGGGAUGAUGCCAGGAAAUCCUGUCAGAAUAUGAUGGCUGGUGGUGAGCUCAUGUCCGUUGAGAACCAGGAUGAAUCGGAAUAUAUACGUGAUGUCACUGGGCUUAUUUGGAUAAAUGACCCUAAAUGGCCUGGGUGGUGGACAGGGCUCAAUGAUCUCCCCAAUGGUGACAAAGGACCUUGGAAAUGGACCGAUGGAAGUGAAUAUAAAGACAGUCUAAUAGAAUGGGUUCGCCAUCCCGAAGUGUUCGGUAACCCCGAGUGCACAGCUGUUGACACCCAAGGAAUGUAUUAUGCCUUUGAUUGUACCUCAAGGCGGUCAUCUAUCUGUAUUACAGGGACUGGCUCAGGAGGUCCUCAAACCUCGGGUCUGUCUGCAACAACGCCAGGGCAAAAAGCAGGAAUAGCGAUAGGUGUAAUUGUGCUUGUAGCCUUGCUGGCUGUUCUAGCAUUGGUUGUCUAUAAAAUGAGGACUGGCCCUAGACCACCAAAGGCCACAGGGGGCAUCGCUAACAUUCUAUAUGGAAAAGAGGGAGAUGCUUAAACCGUUGUUAAAGCUAUUGGUUUAUAACUUCCACGGCCAACGUUACUGUUCACGAGGUUAUUUACAUUAGUAAUCACCUGAUCUCCUGUGUGUUAAUCCGUCGUAUAGAUUAAUAUCAUGUGAUGUGAAUAAAAAUGAAACAAUAGCUGAAACAUAUUCAUGCAAUCCUUUUUAUAAUGUGCAAAAACAUAUUCUUGCAAUCUUUUUUAUAAUGUGCAAAAACAUAUUCUUGCAAUCCUUUUUAUGAUGUGCAAUAUGUUAAAAAUCAAAUCAGACCAUUAUACUGUUAUAUUGUUAUGUAUUAUAGAAUAAAGCACUGCUUGUCAUAAUCAUUAUUUGCAACUGUUUAAUAU